GCGUCCCUGGAUACGGAUGUACCCGCAUCGCAACUAGGGGGCCGUAUCGAAUCCGGUCCCGCGGCACUGUCUGACGUAGGGACCUGACCCAACCGGCCGCUGACCACCGAUGAGCCUUGCAAUCGACACAAGGCGAUGCCACUUACCGGUUUUGACCUGUCCUAGCCAAAAAAGAAAUCACAUCCUUAUUCCUCGCUACCACCCACCACCAAACAACGGCAUUUUACACACCUCUGGUUGACUGCUUUCAGUCGUGUGCUGUCGACUCGCCCCCUUACCGACGAACCACUUGGGGCGCCAGCGAAUGCGAAUGCCGAGAUCACGGGUUCGUAGUAAGAUCCGUCCCCGACACUGCCGCAUGGGGGCGCCGUGAAUGAGGCAUGCCAUCCCAUCAGCGUCACCACUCCUCGGACUUGGACGGACCGCGCUGCCUAGACGCCCUACCUCCCCCCCCUCUUGCCGGCUAUGCCCCGGAUUCCUGUCAAUCGUCACUGAAGACCGAGGAACCGAGCAGCUCACCCGGCUCGACUUUGCCUGAAGACACCUUUGAUUCCAUGAGAACUUCCCAAGACAGCUCGGUAGGGUCGACGAAUCCCGAUGCACCGUGGCUGACCGUCGCGUCGUCGAGUAUCGGCCACGUCAACGUGCGAGGCGGCGGAAAAGGCCUGCUCGAUGUCGUGGAGUCGCCCUCCGCCCCUGGCGAUGCACAUCUGCGGGAGAAUGAUUUACCCCAACGGAUACCAGGACCGAGCCCGGACGCGAGGAGGAAGGGCAGGGAGUUCGGCAGUCCGGCGACUUCAUCUGACGCCGUAGAGAACAGGCCGUCCAUCGUGGAAUACCGGGAGCGGCUCGCCAGAGAGAUGGAGCGUGGAGAACAGGCGGCUCUGCAACCCCCGUCUCCUUCGAGCAAUGCGCUCAAGAAGUCGGCCGUCUCGCCCAUCAAGGAGGAGACCAACUCGUCGGCCUCGCCAACUCCGGGGUCCGACAUCCCGACUACCUCUAGCGAAUCUAACAGAACCGUCCGCGGCGGCAUGACACCAGGUCUUGGAGCCCCGACACCAUCGUACCCCUUCCCGCGCAUGGGCACGCCAAACUUCCCCCCGGCAUACCUACAGAACGUUGUUGGGCAACCGUUCAAGGGUGGGGCCUCCGGUGCGGUGGCCGCGCAGUCUGGCAGUUUCACGCUACAUGAUCAAUCAAGGUCGGACCCGUCGACCCCGGCAUCCGCCAUGACGUUUCUUCCCGCCGGAGCUGCUACCAGCAGGUCGUCUAACAUCGAUUUUCCUACCCCUGCCCUCUACGAUUUAACACUGAUGCUCUCCGCCGAGCCGGGUUUGGAUGCGUGGUGGAAUAGUGUCAUCCAGAUCAUGACGGUCUUUUACAAGGCGGAGAGGGUAACGCUUUCGGUACCAGCCGACCCGACGGAUAUUGAAAAUGUGCCCUGGGGCCAGAAGGCCACUUACAGUGCCCUAGAAGAAGAUGAUCUGAGCAUGGCAUAUAUUGCGAGGGGAAGUAGCUUCUCUGCUAACACUACAGACGAACAACAACCUCUGUCCGCAUCGGACCUAGGGGGCUUUCAACAACAGCAACAUCAGCCAAAGGUUGAUAAGCCCAUACGGCCGUCGAUCCAGAGCCGACACUCGUUUACCGCUUACGAGGAUAAGAAGGGGUCUGCCGCACCGGACGCCGGCCGAGCGGCCGGCUCUAGUUCGAAGAGACCUGGACUAAUCACGAGGAGUAAAAGUCACUAUUCAGAUAGACGCGGCCCCGUUUCCCCCCAUCUAGCGCUGAAAAGGGAAGCCCUCGCGGAGCAUGACGCUAUCGAGGAACAGCAGCCCGUUCCCGUCUGGGAAGCGAAACUGGAGCCGCAAAGGGAAGCCAAGGGCCGCGUACUACCCGUAUUACAGAGCCUAGACCUCGAAGCGGACCCUCUCAUCGACCACAAUGGCAUCACCCGCGUUAUCGAGCGAGGGAAAGUGAUUGCUCUCACUCGAACGUACCCGUAUCUCGACCCUACGUGCGAAGAGAAGCAGCAGCAGCAGAAAACUAAGAGUGCGAGGCCGCCGCCGCCACUGCCGGAGGAAUCCAGGAGGUUUUCGAGGAAGCCUACCAGGACUGAGUCUGGAACGAAGUUAUCUUCCUUGUUAGCCAACGCGAGCGCACCCCGAUCUAAGAGCCAAAGCAGGAAAUCGCUGUCAGCAAUAGAGAAGAAAGUUUCCAGCCUAUUCUCGGCUAUAGAAGACACUCCGCCACGACCCCCUACACCGAAGUAUGAGGAAUACGAGCAGGCCCCCCCUUCACCCUGGUCUCAGUCUCCGGCGCCUUCACCCGCCGUCCGCGCUGAUCCGUCCGAAAACCCCUUCUUUAGAGACGCUGUUGUUGACGAGGAAUCCUUCAAUCCUGGAUCCAGUCCCCAUGACUACACUUCCGCGCAGCCUCUCGAAACUAUUGGAGUUGACAAUUCCUGGACUGUUCUCCAUGUCCCCCUUAACCAUAUCCUCCUUUCGAAGCCCCCUCACAGGUUCAAGCUGGAUCCCUCCGUCCUGGAACAGAAAGCCACUCAACGCAGCAAUAACAAUUCUGAGUUGCGUACAGAUUUUGCGACAUUACACGAGCGACCGUCUUCCGAGGAUUUACCUCACAGGAGCAGACACUCGCCUAUUGCCAUACUAUCGAUCUUGACUCCCGUUAUCCCGUAUCCCUCUAAUCUACGUCACUCCCUCGAGCACUUGGCGCCUCACCUGGCAGCAACGUUCUCGCUCUGUCGCCACUAUUCAAGUCUCGAAACGGAAGUGAUGGGGCUUCAUCGGAAACGACCGCCUACCGGCGGGUUUGGUGCUGUUGGUCUGGACGGACGCGCAGCCGAUCCCGUCAUGCUCGCCCACCUCCACCCGGUGUCACCUGAGGGUGUCUCUCGACGGUCAGUCUCUGGAAGUCUUACCAGCCCUAGCGAGUAUUCUGGUCACUCGAGAAGCGUGACCGCCUCACCGAGUGGAACCCCUUUGUGGGACCCUAGUUCUUUUGGUCUAGUUAUUGAGAGGCGGACCACGGGGACAAGUCCCAGCCAGGCAGGCGGCGAUAGCUAUUUUAGCUCUGUACCUCGAACCGCGGGCGUUACCGUAGAUUCCUCCGCCCAAGUCGCGCUAACCCAGCGUGUUCCUAGAACGGGUAAAGAGAGCGGAUCUGCUCUCCCUAGACAGCCGAAACGAACAGGAAGUCUCCUACAUCAUCAACAAGACCAGAGCUCGCUCACGAGGGAGGACGAAGGCGCGAAUGCCGCUGUACGUCAUGUCGGUGCGCCUGAUGAGGCGACCGUCUAUCGGACGUUAAGGCAGGGGGCCCCGUCGAAAGAUUCUAUAGAGCUACACAACGGGACGGAGAGUCAAUAUUCUCAUCAGGAUGCUGACGACGGCCGCAAACGGUUAUCCAAUCCGGGUUUGUCUCCUGGAGGCCAGAGGCAUACUAUGCUGCACUCAUACGGCGGCGAUUUCUCGACGACCCUCCAGUCUUUGCCGUCUAGUGCUGCUCUGCCUACGAGACAUGCAUCCCAAAUCGCCACGCCCGCACGGCCGGGGUCUUCGUCCGCGCCGCAGGUCACCAUGCUCCCGCCUUCGGAUCGCCUGAAAGGUCUUAUGCUAGACUUGCUACCGGUGCAUGUUUUUGUGGCGCUGCCGGUACACGGGGAGAUUGUCUGGGUCAAUAGUCGAUACUUGACCUAUAGAGGCCAGACUCUGGCGGAUUUGGUUUCGGAUCCCUGGGGUAGCCUUCACCCGGAAGACCGUGAGGACUACAUGCGCGCCUGGUCUCACUCCCUUAGGUCGGGGGAUCAAUUUGCCCACACUAUUCGCCUCCGUCGCUUCGACGGUGCCUAUCGGUGGCAUCAGGCCCGUGCAGUAGCGUCAAGGGAUAAACGGGGUGUUAUCGUGCAAUUCAUCGGCUCUUACAUGGAUAUUCACGACCAAAAGGUGGCGGAAUUCAUGGCGCUUCGCCAGGAAGAGAUUCAAGUCUCGGAGGCCAAGCACCGUCUCCUGGCGAACUUGAUCCCCCAGAUAAUAUUCACCGCAACCGAAAAUGAUGGCAUUACAUUCGCCAACGACCAAUGGCUGUCCUACACCGGCCAGACUGACGAAGCCGCGCUGGGCCUGGGCUUUAUAGACUUUGUGCAUCCGGACGAUCUGGCGAAAUGCCGAUUACCGCCCAAUCGUUUCACGUCCGUCUUCUCGGAUGGGAGAGAAGAGACUGACCCGUUAAAGCCUGGCACUGAUACCAUGGCUCCGAACGAACAUGCGUCUACCGUGACGGGCGCCUCCAGGGGAUACUUGGAGGCAUUGUACCGGAAUAAGAAGUCCAGCAAUCCUUCCUCCCGUAAUCCGGUCAGUACCGAUUUGAGCGAUUUGGCGAAGAAGGGCAUUCUCAAAGUAGCUACCGAUAGCAACGGUCGACUUUCCUACACCACAGAAGUCCGACUCAGAUCGAAGUCUGGCGAGUACCGAUGGCAUCUGGUUCGAUGUGUGGAGAUUGACAACGCUGGCUUCGGCGACGGGAAGAGUUCUUACUUUGGCUCGGCAACCGAUAUCAAUGACCAUAAGCUGCUAGAGGCCAAGCUAAAAGAGGCUAUGGAAUCCAAAGGUAGAUUCUUGAGCAACAUGUCCCACGAGAUUCGCACUCCCCUGAUCGGCAUAUCGGGGAUGGUGAGUUUCCUGCAAGAUACGACACUCAACGAAGAGCAGAGGGAUUACACCAACACCAUACAAACUAGCGCCAAGAGUCUCCUGAUGAUUAUCAACGACAUUCUGGACUUGUCAAAGGUCGACGCUGGCAUGAUGAAGCUAAAAUUUGAAUGGUUUCACACGAGAUCGCUCAUCGAAGAUGUCAACGAACUGGUCUCGACAAUGGCAAUCGCAAAGCGGCUCGAGCUGAAUUAUAUCGUCGAAGAGGAUGUGCCCUCUUGGGUUAAAGGCGACAAGGUGCGAAUUCGACAAGUACUGCUUAACGUCAUCGGAAACGCCAUCAAAUUCACUACCUCAGGGGAGGUCUUCAGCCGCUGCAGAGUCUCCUCGGAUAACGAGGCGGAGCUCGGGGAACAUCAAAUUAUGCUCGAAUUCUCAAUCAUCGAUACGGGUCGUGGGUUCACGAAGGAAGAAGCUGAGCUCAUCUUCAAGCCAUUCAGCCAGAUCGAUGGGAGCAGUACCCGGCAGCACGGCGGCAGCGGGCUCGGCCUUGUGAUUUCGAGGCAGCUUGUAGAGCUCCACGGGGGUAAGAUGGACGGGAGCGCCAUUCUUGGGAAAGGCUCUACGUUUACGUUUACCGCAAAAUUUCACCUACCGAGCCCCGAUGACCACCCCAGCAUCACCGGCACGCCGCCGAUGACGGCGUCUGCUCAGCUGCCAGCAGAUAAGUCAACACAGGUCAUCAAGCCGCUUCUACUCCACGGAGAGAUGGAUGUUAUCCCAACCGCCAGUCCCGGCUCCGAUGCCGAAACCGUGUCGCACACUCCGGGGUCGUCCCCCAGUUCUGACCCUUCACUGCGCUCUGCCCAUACUCAAAACACCACGAGAUCGUCCGUUUCAUCGGUGAAUGUUGGUCUCGCUCACUUCGGCGAAGCUGCAAAGGCAAGUGGACAAGACCUCUCUCAGAUGACGCUUGAGAUGCCACCCGGAUCACUAUCGCCCCGGAUAAUACCUACUCCCGACGACUCCAGGGUAGGGGGAGACUUCGCACGACUACGUCCGCCACUGUAUUCGAUCCUCGUCAUCUGCCCUCAGAAAUACAGCAGAGAAGCUACCACAAAACACAUCAGAAUGACGCUACCGAAAGAGGUGCCACACCAGAUUACAGCGAUGGCAAGCGUGUCUGAGGCCGAAGCGGUGAUUGGGGGCCGCGAAUCCGUCGCGUUGACCCACGUAGUCCUAAACCUCCCCUCAGCCGAAGAGAUCGUAGGCGUCGUCGACAUGAUAAUUGCGAAUCUGGGCAGUAUAACGUCAGUUCUGAUCUUAUCGGAUUCGGUCCAGCGACAGGCCGUCUUGAAAUUAGCCUCAGAUGACGAGCACCAGAAACUGCUGUCAGAGAGAAGAAUCAUCUUUGUCUACAAACCUGUGAAACCGUCUCGGUUUGCGGUCAUCUUCGAUCCGGCGAGAGAACGCGACCUAAGCGUGGAUUUGAAUCGCUCCAGCGCCGCACAAAUGGUGGAAAACCAAAAGCAAAAUUACCUGGACGUCGAGAAGCGGAUUGGCAACAAGGGAUACAUGGUCCUCCUCGUCGAAGACAACCCCGUCAACCAGAAAGUUUUGGUUCGAUAUUUGGAGAAAGUGGGAAUCGAGGUAGAGAUUGCCUCGGACGGGGUUGAGUGUACAGAAAAAGUGUUUGCAAACCCGCCGGGCUACUAUUCACUGAUACUGUGCGACCUCCAUAUGCCCCGCAAAGACGGUUAUCAAGCUUGCCGGGAGAUUCGGCAGUGGGAGAGGCAGCGCAAUUAUGGCGAACUGCCCAUCAUUGCCCUGUCGGCGAAUGUCAUGUCGGACGUCCAGGAAAAGUGCACUGUAGCAGGGUUCAGCGCCUAUGUCACGAAGCCGGUCGAUUUCGUCGAACUAAGUACGGCAAUGUCAAAGUUCUUCUGACUGACCGGUGGCGAGUCAAUCUACAGCGGCCGCUACUCGCGGGGCAUUCUCUCAAUGCAUAUGCACGGCGUUCUCGGGAGAUAGAGUUUCGAAGAGAAAAGGAAAACAGAACCAGAGCGUUACGAACCCCGAAUGCGUCGCCGACCAGUCGAGGCUGGAGGCCGAACCGUUCUGAUUUUUUCCUACUUGAUGACACAUGUACCAGUAAAACGGGGACGGGCAUGGACGAAGACGUGUUAAGCGGUUGAGGGAGGAAACUCGACCGGGUAUAAGCGGGGAGGGCUGUAAAACUCGAGGAGGCAGUCACAUUUUGUACAAAUCCAGGUCAAUAACCAUAGGUCCGGUGAGGCCGGGGGCGGAAGGGGGG